UCUCUGACACACCCCCUGUGUCCACUUCUCCGUCUGUCUGUCUCCUUCCCUCCCUCUCCGCCUCAGGUCCCAGCUCUUGGUCUCAAUUAGUUGGUGGCAGCAAGGCAGUUGGCAGGGCCCCCACCCCCGGUGGUUCCUCAUUACUGCUGGCAGCUCCUAAUGAGCCUGGAGGGGAGCUGACCCCGUGCCCCCAGCCCCUGGUCUGCGUCACUGCCUGCUGCGGGGGCUGCGGAGGCAAUAUAAGGGGGCUGCCAGCCCUGCUGGCCAAGCCCACUGUGCGGUGAUGGAGACUCACCAGGUGCCCUGGAGCCCCCGGGUGCGGCUGCUGCUGCUGCUGCUGCUGCUGGAGCCCUGGGGCACCCGCCCUGCCUUGGGAGUUGCCCUGCCCCCCGCGGGGGUCUUCAGCCUCCCCAGCACUGUCCGGGCCCGCGCUGGACCGGCCGCCCCGCUGUCGCGACGGAGCCUGGCGCUGGCAGACGACGCGGCUUUCCGGGAGCGCGCGCGGCUGCUGGCCGCCCUAGAGCGCCGACACUGGCUGAACUCGUAUAUGCACAAGCUGCUGGUCCUGGACGCGCGCUGAGCGCGCAGCCCACGCCCCAA